GUCAAAUUUGCGGAAUAGUUGGGGUAAUUGGAGAAGCGCUUUUGUUAAUCAGCUAUAGGCCUACUUGCUGCUUUCACUAUCCAUCAACAUCAAGAAAACGGCAUUUUAAAACAACAACGGCCGAGUUGUUUAGCCAAGGAUUCUCUCUUAAUAAAGUUCACUACAAAAUGUCUCUGGGACGAAUCAUCGAGCCCUUGAACGCUACGCUGUCAAAGAUCGAGCUCACCAAGCUGGACUCAAAGAGCGUGGAAGAGUUGAGAGAGGAGUCAAUAAGCUCCCAGAGCAUCACAGACACCUCUCAGCGCUGUCGGAACGAGACCUUCACUGUCUCUGAAGAACAGCCCUCCAUGAACACGUUCAGUCCUUCACGACCUUGCUAUCCUGCUGCAAGAGCCUCCUUGGACGCGUCUCCCAGGUCUAGAAGGCAUUCUGUUUCUGCACACCCACUGCAGACUGAUGGCUGCUCUGUGUAUGCUUCGGACCCCCCCUCUGUUAAAGAGAGACUGGACAUCUACGGUGCUCCUGUCAGGAAGAGUUCCUUAGAGGCCAGGAGGGUGACCGACCUCAGACCACCUCAUGCCUCUUCCAGAAGCCACAGAAGACAUUCUGUGGAAAGCUGUUCCAGAGAGCCUACGAAGCCCAGAUUACUGUCCACCCCGCCACAAAAGCUAACUGUGCCACUGAGGAUGCGUCACCCUCAAGACCCCCAUAUUUCCCCCCACCAACAGCUGCGUUCCCCUCAGUCAGCUUCCGCAGCAAAGAGUCGCCACAGGCUCCGGCCGAACCUUUCCUCGGACUCCUCCCUGCCAUCAGUGCGUGCCCCUUACUCUCCGAAGAAGCUCGACGAGGACUUUCUAAAGGUCUACCACAAGUUUGUCUGCCAGAACAAGUCCGGUUCCCUUAAUGGGAUUUCCUGCCGCGUCUGUGCGAGAAGCUCUAAGGCCAGCAUAAGCUCGGCUCUGGCAGCUCUCGCCCUGUCGCCGCCCCGCUCAGUGUGAGGAAACGCCACGGGGAGUUAAAUGUGGACAGCCAGCCCCAGUCGAAACGCCACAGGGACGAGUGAUGCCCGUCCUCUCCCAGGUCCAUACGGCACGGCAAAGAGCUUCUGAGGCGCCUUCUCUCUCCGUAUGAGCAGUCCCAUGAUGGCGUCUCCUAUAGCGCCACUAAACCCAGCAUGUUCCAAAGAUUCAGCAGCGCUCAGCAGAGGCACAUCAGGAGACCUGGAGGAGUCAGCGCCGUCAUGUGUCUGCAGGUCAUUUUCAUGACAUGGGAAGUUCACGUGAGAACAGAAGAAGCCAUGGCUGCUCUCCCAG